GGGAUUUGUUAAGGCAGAGGCAGUCAGAAUGGAGCACUUAGCUGUCUUCAUGCUGUUGUGUCUGCCAGUCUGCUCAGCUUAUCCUCUGAAUGGAGCAGUGAAGGAAGAAAAUCCCAACAUGGAUUUUGCCCAGAAAUACCUAAAAAACUAUUACAACCUUGCAAAAGAUGUGAAUCAAGUUUAUAGAAGGAAAGACAAUGGUCCUGUUGUUAAAAAAAUCCAAGAAAUGCAGAAGUUCCUUGGGCUGGAAGUGACAGGGAAGUUGGAUUCUAACACUUUGGAGGUAAUUCGUAAGCCCAGGUGUGGAGUUCCAGAUGUUGGUCAAUUCAGUACCUUUCCUGGGAUGCCAAAGUGGAGGAAAAACCAUCUUACAUACAGGAUUGUGAAUUACACACAGGAUUUGCCAAGAGCUGCUGUUGAUUCUGCCAUAAAGAAAGCUCUGAAGGUCUGGGAGGGGGUGACCCCACUCACAUUCACCAGGAUGCUUGAAGGAGAGGCUGACAUAAUGAUUUCUUUUGCAGUUAGAGAACAUGGAGACUUUUACCCUUUUGAUGGACCAGGAAAUCGUUUGGCUCAUGCCUAUCCACCUGGGCCUGAGUUUUAUGGAGAUGUUCACUUUGAUGAUGAUGAAAAAUGGACAGAGGAUGCAUCAGGGACCAAUUUAUUCCUGGUUGCUGCUCAUGAACUUGGCCACUCCUUGGGUCUCUUCCAUUCCACCGACACUAAGGCUUUGAUGUAUCCACUCUACAACUCCUUCACAGACCUGACUCGAUUCCGCCUUUCUCAAGAUGAUGUGGAUGGCAUUCAGUUCCUCUAUGGACCUCCUCCUCCCUCUCCUGCUGAGCCAGAAGUGCCCGCUGAAUCUAGCCCGCUAGAGUCUGGGACACUAGUCAAAUGUGAUCCUGCUUUGUCCUUCGAUGCAGUCAGCACCCUGAGGGGAGAAAUCCUGUUCUUUAAAAACAGAUAUUUUUGGCGUAAACUCCACUGGAAACCCCAACCUGAACUUAAUUUGAUUUCUACAUUUUGGCCCUCCCUUCCAUCAGAUUUAGAUGCUGCAUAUGAAGUCAUCAGCAAGGAUGCAGUUUUUAUUUUUAAAGGACGUAAGUUCUGGGAAGUCAGAGGAAAUGAUGUACAAGCAGGUUAUCCAAGAAGCAUCCAUACUCUGGGAUUUCCUGCAACCAUAAGGAAAAUUGAUGCAGCUGUUUCUGAUAAGGAAAAGAAGAAAACGUAUUUCUUUACAGAGGACAAAUACUGGAGAUUUGAUGAGAAAAGCCAGUCCAUGGAAAAAGGCUUCCCCAGAUUUAUAGCUGAUGACUUUCCAGGAGUUGAUGGAAAAGUAGAUGCUGUAUUACAGGCCUUUGGAUUUUUCUAUUUCUUCAGUGGAUCAACACAGUUUGAGUUUGACCCUAAUGCCAGGAAGGUGACACAUGUAUUGAAAAGUAACAGCUGGUUAAUGUGUAAAUGAGAUAAGGAAAAGACAGACAUGGGCAUUUUAAAUGGAUCUAAUAAAUAUUCAUCUAAUUUACUGUGAAUCAAAAUGAUAAAUUAUUACUGCAUGUACGAUAGCCAGAGAAGACGAGACUUGCAGACAUAUUUAUGGGGCACAGAGAAUUGUUU